GAUUUAAUUACAUGUUUCCAAUAAAUAGCUUUAGUGAUGACCUAUCACACAAAUAUGGUUUAGUUUAUGUAAAUUAUCGAUUCUUAUUGUGUGAAAUGUGACGCGUCACGGCUCUUAUUUGGGGCCAGCAAAAAAACAAAACAAACAAAAAAUAUUCGUGACGCAUCUCACCUUAAAAAUCAGACGUGCAUUUGCGCAACACAUUUACAUAAUGUCCUGGCACCUCCUUAUAUAAAUUGUCAGCACUAUGGCUUUAGAGCGAGUGCACAGUUUUCUCCAAAUUUGGGCAGAGCAGGAAAUCAAAUUUGGCAUCAACGCAAAGACUUAAUUAAAUAUAGUAUUUGAGAUAUAGGGGCCUAUUGAUUCAGCACGCAUCGAAUCGAUGAAGACGGACAGCAUAGUGCAGAAUAUUCCGUUCACCGGCAGAAAGCGGAGUCUGAUUGAAGAUGCCCAGCGGGAGCGAGAGAGCAGCUCGUCCUCUCCGGGCCCCUCGUGGUGUGGGGACAGCUUCGUGUAUGAGGAGCAGAAGAGCGGCAAAAUUACACUCAACAUCCUAUUUGCGCUCAGAAAUGAGAAAAAUGCGGGAUUAUUCAAGGCUGGCAAAGUCUUUGAGACUUUCCAAGCCAAGCUCCUUCACCUUGAGAGUCGACCGAGCAGAAAGUCUAAGAACAGCAGCACUGGAGAAGACCUGGAGUUCUUCAUGAGGUGUGAAGUGCACUGCUCCGACACCGACAUCUUCAUCAACUCCUUAAAAAGAGUUGCAGACGACGUGCGAAUAGUGCAAGAGGAAAAGAUUCCUUGGUUUCCAAAGAAGAUUGCUGACUUGGACAAAUGCAAUCAUCUGAUAACAAAAUAUGACCCUGAUCUGGACCAGGAUCACCCGGGUUUCAGUGAUCCAGAAUACAGAAAACGGAGAGGGCUCAUCACUGAAUUGGCGUUCAACUACAAGCAUGGUGAUCCUUUACCUGUUGUGGAAUAUACUCCAGAAGAGGUUGCCACUUGGAGGGAGGUCUUCAGAACUCUGGCCAGUCUCUAUCCGACUCAUGCAUGCAGACAGUUCCUAGAAGCUCUGGGUCAGCUAGAGAGUGAACAUUUGUACGGAGAAGACAGAAUACCUCAGCUGAGAGAAGUGUCCUCAUUUCUUAGAGAGAGGACAGGAUUUCAGUUGCGGCCAGUGGCGGGGCUGCUCUCUGCCAGAGACUUCCUAGCCAGUCUGGCCUUCAGGGUGUUCCAGUGUACCCAAUAUAUUCGUCACCCCUCAGCUCCAAUGCAUUCCCCUGAACCUGACUGCUGCCAUGAACUACUUGGACACAUCCCCAUGCUUGCAGACAAAGAAUUUGCUCAGUUUUCACAGGAGAUUGGACUUGCCUCACUUGGAGCAUCAGAUGAGGACAUUGAGAAACUUUCGACACUGUACUGGUUUACAGUGGAGUUUGGCCUCUGCAAGCAGAAUGGAACAGUGAAGGCCUAUGGGGCUGGCCUGCUGUCCUCCUAUGGAGAGUUAUUGUACGCCCUUUCAAAUGAGCCCCAAUACAAACCAUUCAACCCAGCUGAGACCGCAGUACAACCAUACCAGGACCAGUCAUAUCAGCCUGUGUACUUUGUGUCUGAGAGCUUUGAGGAUGCCAAGAAUAAGCUGAGGCAAUACUCAUCCACUAUACAGAAACCCUUCUCCAUUAGAUAUGACCCCUACACUAGCAGCAUGGAGAUUCUGGAUGAGCCCUCUAAGAUUCAGAAUGCAUUAGGGCAGAUGAGGGAUGACCUGAAGAUCUUGCAUAAAGCACUGGAGAGACUGGGACAGAAAUGAGCCAGAGUGGCUGAUUGAUCAUCAUAACAGCUACCAAUACAAAUAUGAGGAAUUUCACAUUUGCAGCCAAUGAACUGAUGAGUUUGGGUACAUUCUUCUGGAGUUGAAAUAAGAUACAAGAGGAACUUGUAUUUGUGUAUGUGUCAGCUUCACCAUUAUAUGUAAUGAACAGUUAUAUUG